UUAGUGUUCUAUUGAGGCACUUUAAAAUUUUAAAGUUUCCCUUUACGAUCGAUGAAUAUGGAGAAAUAUAGCGAUACGAAAAGUAAAAGCCAUCGUGAAAGUAGCAAUAGUAAUAGCAGCAGUAGUAAAUGCGAACAUUCGAGGAAACGUCUUCAGGAGCCCCCGAAAUUUUAUAGUAAAAACUACUUGAAAAGGUACAAUCACAACGAGGUUAAGGGAGCGCCACCGACAUCGUCGAAUCAAGCUGCUUGCAAAAAGAGCUCCCAGUCUGAUCAGACUCCUUCAGUUAGAGGCCAACAGAAGGAAUCGAACAGCUGCUCUGCGACGAUACUUAAGUUAGCCGACGACGGUGAGACCGUAAUAAAUGAGCAUUCACCCGCAGAUAUUAACAAAAUCGAGAAUACCAACAACCCGUUGAAUCGUACUCAUUACCCGCAAGAAUGUUCGAAUUUGAAGGAAACAAACGAAUCAGAUUAUCCUUACAAUCUCGAUAACAUAAUGACGCCAACAAAAUCAGGCUAUUCAAAGUGCGACACGGAUACACCUUGCGACGAGUCGGUUAAUGUGCCUAGUAUUUCUCUUCCCUGCGAAGAUGAAUUCAAUUGCAUGUGGUCGAAAAACGAGUCUUUUAAGAAAAUCAAAAGGAAAGUGGAAGAAGCUGUCAAGAUAAUAAGCUAUUCUCUUCCCUUGGAAAUUGUCCGAUCGCAUUCGCUGCAGCGGCACAAGAUAUUUCUAAUCCGAGGCGAGCUGCCAAGACUGAAGGAGGUCCUCGAGGAGCGCGGUUGGAUCCAGAAGUACGAGUCAAGCAAGACGAGAUGUCUUCCAUAUGCCUGUGGGACGAACAUGGAUGCCAAAUCGCUAGGUGACUUGAGAUUCUCGGACGGCACGAUAAACGAGCGCGCCAUCAUUUUCUCCCUGUUGCGGUUCACCCAGCCUGACUUCGUGUGGGACUGCCGCAAUGACUUCAUCGAGUGGGAUCGAAAUAUUUCUGGCAACGUGCUACUGAACAGGUUCCAUAAGCCUUCCCUCUACACCUCUAAGCUCGGCAUGGCCCACGUACUGAAGGAAGCGCACUGGAUCUACGAGACAAAUGUUGCGGACGUGUUGUUUCCACGAAGUUACAAUCCCGGACGCGAGUUCUUCUACCUUGUGCAGGACUUUCGGUACAGCGCUGCCGUCGCCGUGCUCAGGUGCUUCGUCAACUAUAUGCAGUCGAAAAACGUUGUAAAGAACGAGACGUCCGAGAAGAUUCAAAAGCAGCAUGAAGGAAAAGUAAUCGAAAAUAAUGAAUUGCUGAGCUCUUUUGAUCGAAUUGAAUUAGCCCUAAAGUGCUGUAAAGAGCAGAUCGCUGAGUUAGAGCACGAAGACAUAAAUAUCGAGGAGAACUAUGAGCCAGGCGAUAAGGACUGGCGUUUAUUUUUUGACGACUGCGACAAACUGUUGUACAAAUCCAAUGCGAUGGCAAAUUUGUCAAAGGCCGAUCCAAACCGUGUGAAGCUUUGUCAUACAUCAGCUGAAUCUAUACUAGAGAAAUUGAAGAAUAUUGAUCCUCAAUUUGAGUUAAAUGGAGAAAGAAACAUAUGGAUAGUUAAACCUAGCAAUCUUUGUUGUGGUUCAGGUAUUUUUAUGACACAUGAUCUGAAAACUAUUGCACGAAAAGUGGAGUCCAAACCAAAGGAUUACUAUAUUGUGCAAAAGUAUAUUGAACGUCCAUUCUUGGUAUAUGGAACAAAGUUUGAUAUUCGACAAUGGUUUCUCGUCACUUCUACGUUUCCAAUGACAAUAUGGUCGUUUAAAGAGGCCCUCUUACGAUUCAGCUCAAAGCCUUACACCUUUACAAAUUACCACGAAGCUAUUCAUAUUUGCAAUACUGCGAUACAAGAACGAUAUGACUUUGAGAGAAGAAAACGAAAAAAUCGUGGCUGUUUUGGUGGAGCCGGAGUUGCGAAUGUCAACGGACUUGGAGAUGACUCAGAGUCGUCGAUUCGAGAUCAGGGAUGGGAUUGUAAGAAAUUGAACGAAUAUUUGAAAAGCGUAGGAUAUGAAGGAGAACCCUAUUACGAAAAGAUAUAUUCAAAGAUGUCUCAGGCAAUAGUGCUUACGAUGCUUGCAGCUCAGGAUUUCAUGGACCGUCGGCGUUGUAGUUUCGAAUUGUAUGGAGCUGAUUUCAUGGUCAUGCAGGACCUUUCGGUAUGGUUGAUCGAGAUAAAUACAAAUCCAAGAAUGCAUCCUCCUAGUUCAAGAAUUACCCAACGAUUGUACGGUGCGGUAUUAGAAAGCUUAGUCAAAGUAACACUGGAUGUACCAUUGAAUCCAAACGCCGAUACCGGUAAUUUUGAACUCGUGUACAGGCAAAAUAUUCCAGAAACUCAAGCAUAUCUUGGACCAUGUCUUGUAGCAUUCGGCAAGUCCAUGACGUUGCAUGACGUCCCAUUGAAGAAACGAAUAAAUAUUCCUGGAAUUUCAGAGCGCAAUUCCAAUGUUUACAAUUUAUGGAGUAAACAGAAUCGCGCCCGAACAGCCCCACCAGGUACCGAUCGUCAGAGAGAAACAAAGGUCAUCGAUUUUAUUUCCUAUUUAAACGCGACCCCGGGUCUCUCGCCCUAUUAUACUUUACAAGAGGAAUCAGAAGAUUCUCACUAAAAUGCAAGAUGGAACGCUAGGGUUUUU